CUUUCUUUCACCUCACACUCCUUUCUUUUAACACCGCGCAAAGCUGUGCGGCUUUGCAGGCGAGGCCUCGGUCCGACCUCAAUUCUUAUACAACUCUCAACCUACUUUCAACUCUCUACAGACAGUCCAAAAGAACCCCAUCGCCCGCCCACCUCAACUCCGAUCCGUCCAUUGUCGAGUCCACCUCACCCGAUUGAAUCCCGAUCCCGCCUCGCCCUUAUUACCUACCUACCUACCUACCUACGCACCCACCACCCCGCGCUCCUCUUCGUCCAGCUGCAAGAUGGGAAACUCCGUUCCCGACCUCGACGCGGUCGGCGUGAAAGCCGAACCAGAGCUGGCCGACAUGCUCCGGCGCGAGGUCGCCAGUCUUCUGGGGCGCAACAACCUGAACUUUCCCGGAGCGCAGCCGGUCAGUUUCGCGACGCGACAUCUCACCGAACUCCAGCGGGAGGACUACUACGUCUGCGAGAAGACGGAUGGCAUCCGGUGCCUGAUGUACUUUGCGCACGGGGAACCGGAUUCGGACACGCCGGAGGUGCACUACCUGAUCGACCGCAAGAACGACUACCGGUGGGUGCCGGGGCUGCACUUCCCGCUCCCCGGUGAUGACACCUUCCGACAGUUCCACGUGAAUACGAUCGUGGAUGGUGAGCUCGUGAACGACACCUACGAGGACGGGACGCAGCAGCUGAAAUUCCUGGUGUUCGACUGCCUGGUGCUGGACGGGCAGCCGCUGAUGCACCGCACGCUCGACAAGCGGCUGGCCUAUUUCAAGGAGAAGGUGCUGCGACCGUACAACGCCAUGUACCGCAAGUUCCCCGAGGAGAUCCCGCACCGCACGUUCACGGUGGAAGACAAAUCGACGCAGUUCAGCUACGGGAUCGAGAUGAUGUUUCGCGAGAUCAUCCCCAAGGUCAAGAAGAUCCAUGGCAACGACGGGCUGAUCUUCACGUGUCGGAGCACCCCGUACAAGAUCGGCACCGACGAGCACAUCCUGAAGUGGAAGCCGCCGGCGGAGAACACCAUCGAUUUCCGCAUGAGGCUGGAGUUCCCGUUGCUCGAGCCGGACACCGACGACGAGGCCGAGGGGGUCACGGAACCGUACGCGGACUACGACACGAUGCCGAUCUUCCAUCUAUUCGUGCUGCUGCGCACGAACGAGUACCAGCCCUUCGGGGAGAUGUUCGUCACGCCGGACGAGUGGGAGGCGAUGAAGGCCCUGGGCCAGCCGCUGGAUGACACGAUCGUCGAAUGCGCCCAGGAUGACCAGGGCCGGUGGCGGUUCCAUCGGCUGCGGGAUGACAAGUCGGACGCGAAUCACAUCUCGACGGUGCAUAAGGUUCUGGAGAGUAUCCAGGAUCGGGUGACGGAGGAGGACCUCAUCCGCAUGGCUCCUGCAAUCAAGACGGCGUGGAAGAAGCGCCAGGCGUUGCAGGAGGAAGAAGCUCGGAAACGACACCGACAAGCUCCUGGGGGCGGUGGGCCCCCGAACGGCCAGAACGGGGUCAAGAGGAAGUUCGAGGAGUGAUUCUCUUUCUGAUUGUGUUUUCUUUCAUCUAGUAGUCUGACUCCCGCGGGUCGAUGAGCUCCUUACUACUCAUGACCUCGGCGGGGCAGGUUGGCUGGCCGGUUGAUUUUGGUUUGCGAGGCGUUAGGUGCUGGUGGGUGGUGUGUGUGUGUAUGUGUUGAAUGCGUGCUGGUCAAUUCCUCCGGGUUCCAUUUCUCUCAGGCCCGAAUGCAUUCUUACUGACUCAUGUUUGUGUUUCUUUUUUUUACCCAUUUCAGUCUUCUGUGUAUACAAGAACAGCAACCGGCCUCAAUGUCGCAUGUUGCAUCAAGGGAUAAAGCGAAUGGAUGGGAAAAUUGUAUAGAUUCACCCCCAUAUCCC